AAGAGAUCCAGUAACUUGCCCAAGAUCACGUCUCUAGUACACAUUGGAACCAGGAGUUGAACCCAGGCGGACUGAUGCCAAAGCUCACAGUUUUGAUAAUUACACCAUACUACCGGACGAUAAAUGAUUUUGCCAUGGGGUGCGGACUUAGAAAGCUAGAAGACCCUGAUGAUAGCAGCCCUGGAAAAAUAUUUUCUACCCUGAAGAGACCGCAAGUGGAAACAAAGACAGAAUUUGCUUACGAAUAUGUAUUGCUGGAUUUUACUUUACAAGCUUCACCGAACCCAGAAGUCAUCAAGAUAAAUUCAAUUCCAGAUAUCGUAACAAAAGUGGAAGACUACUAUCUUAAAGGAUAUAUUGUUGCGGCUAUUCAUCCUGUUAUACAACCCGUGGGGCAGCAAAAACACCUACCUGCAAGUUACCUAUACAGGGUGGUGCUGUCGCGCUUGAAGUUAAGCACGAAGCAUUCGACAGCACCCAGUGGACAAAGACGCCCAAGGCUUGUGAUUGAGGAAUGUCCUCUAACUUAUGAGACACAAACAAAUGACGUAGCAAAAGAACUGAUAGAAAAGAUUAACGCAGAUGCUAAAAGAGGAAUGAAAUUUGUUGGAUUCAUAUCACAGCAUUAUCCACCACUUAAGUUCUGCAACGGAACCAACCAGGAUGGAGAUGCAGAAUUGACACUACACCUGAGACACAGUUCAGAGGAAAACUAUAAGAGCUGGAAUGAGGGGACGUUAAGUGGACAGUCAUCUGAAAGUGGCAUUGAGGAAGAACUCCAUCAUGAAAGUGGACAGUGUCAAAUGGAACGAGAUGGCAGCCCCAGUUUCUCUAAAUCAAGGAAGGGAGAAGAUAACAAGCUGUACACAGUCUUCAAUGUUUUUGAUGAUGAAUCAACCUGCUGGACCUAUCAGGAAGGCAUCCUGUCCAUGAAAGUGACAAGAAAAGGCCCUGUCGUUAGUACGCUUGAUGCCGACUGGCUGGAGUUAACUACGUUUUAUUAUAAACAAGGCUUGUCUUUAAUUGAUUCCUUUGUGUGCUGGGAAACAUCUAAAGGGGACCAUUCCCCCAAAUCUUUGGAAGGAUUCUUUAUCUAUGAAGAAGAAGGCUCUGGAGUUCCAGGAUCCAAGAAAGGAAAUGAUGCCAUUGUAGUCGAACAAUGGACUGUUAUUGAGGGCUGUGAAAUCAAAACAGAUUACGGCCCUCUGCUGCACACUCUGGCUGAGUUUGGAUGGCUCCUGACAAGCGUGCUGCCUACACCUAUACUGAGACAUGACAGUGAAGGCAAUUUGGCUACAAAGCAGGUUGUGUUCCUUCAGAGACCAGUUAUGUGGAAUGCAGCUGCUCAGACACCAGAAAGGAAAGGCAGCCGGCACGUGAAAGGCGAAGACAGGGGCAAAGCCACCAGCAGGAGCAUCGGGCUGGACACGGCCCUGUCCCAACCUGCGGAGAGCAGAAGCCCGCCCAAGGGGCGCCUCCUCCCUCCCUCCCGGGAGUGCUGGAUGAAGGAGAAGGGGCCCACCCAGCACGGCAGCCUCUCCGGGUUCAGCAGCAGCGACAGCGUCCUGCGGGAACUAGACGACGGACAGUUUGACCAGGAGGAUGGAGUAACUCAGGUCACUUGUAUGUGAGCAGUGUAGGAAAGCAAGACGCCCUGUAAAUAAUUAUUAAAAUAAUUGCCAAGUGGCUUUAUUGUAUUAUUUUAUCUGCAUUUAUGUAACGCUUUGAAUUUUUCCGGACUCAGGCUUUCCUUCAAUCUGCAUAAACUUUGGCUCAACUUCCCAGACGAAGAAGAAUAACCAACAUAUUUGUAAAUUUAGAAUCAUGUUUACAGUUCUCACAACUAAAACAUCUGUUUAAGCUGAUGUCUCAUUAGGUUAAUAACCGAAAAUGUACUCAGUUUCUCAUGAAUGUGCAAGGUGUACUUUUCUUAAAAUUCCUGGUAAGACGACUAAGCAUCUCAACCAGUGUUUUUACCUAAUAAUUAGAAAAUUCUCAGGAAGUCAAAGUCUUACUUAAGCUGAAAAUUCUCUCUUUCACAGAUACACACAUACACACACACACGUAAAGGGCUAAUUAAUAAAAUACCUAUUCCCUAAAUAUAACAAUUAAUCCAAAUUUUGUCUUUAACUAUGGCAUGUAUAUACAAAGCAAGCCCUUAUUUGUUAAAAUAUUCUUUGGGAAAAAGUCCUUUUUGUAUGUCUUUGGUUUUAAAGUGUCACCAUGUUACCAACUCUGUACCUACUUACUCAUUGAGCUUAAACAUUGUUGCUUCUAACAGCCUAGACACGGAGGGAAGCAGCAUCCCAUAAAACUCAAUACGAAAACCCACAAUCUCAGUAUUUAAAAACCUUAGUCAACAGAAUUAAUUUUCUUUCUUUUAAAUUGUAAAUAGUCUGAAAAGGGUAACAUCAACUUUAAUGGAGACCGAAGUCUUUUACAUCUGUCUAGAUUUGAGUUAUACUUUUAUUUUGAUUGCUAAAUCAUGAAGAAUGUGGAAACCCAGUCCUGCAGGAAUCCAGAGGUGCUCACAGCACAUGCCGUGCGUCUGGUGACCUAUCGUGCCAUCUCUGCUGUUCUCGCUCUGCUGGUAGGGAUGCCUUAAGCCUUGCCCAGCCCUUAGCAGGUAAGGAUCAAAAUUUUACAAAAUAGAGGAUUUUCAUUUGUCUAUGAAAGGCUUUCUUUGAAAUGUGGGAAAAUUCAAUGAGUUACAACGGACUGUACCAUUGAGGAGUUCAACCUAUUAUAUAUAUUUUAUUAGCAUUGGUGUUGACAUUAUAAGAUCCUUCGAAUAAUAAAAUCUCAUUUGUUA